GGGUCCUUCCUCACUCACCCUGGUUCCUCUCGGAGCGGAGACGGCAAAUGGCGGACUUCGAUACCUACGACGAUCGGGCCUACAGCAGCUUCGGCGGCGGCAGAGGGUCCCGAGGCAGCGCUGGUGGUCAUGGUUCCCGUAGCCAGAAGGAGCUGCCCACAGAACCCCCCUACACAGCAUAUGUAGGAAAUCUACCUUUUAAUACGGUUCAGGGUGACAUAGAUGCUAUCUUUAAGGAUCUCAGCAUAAGGAGUGUACGGCUAGUCAGAGACAAAGACACAGACAAAUUUAAAGGAUUCUGCUAUGUAGAGUUUGACGAGGUGGAUUCUCUGAAGGAAGCGUUGACUUAUGACGGUGCACUGUUGGGUGAUCGGUCACUUCGUGUGGACAUUGCAGAAGGCAGAAAGCAAGAUAAAGGUGGCUUUGGCUUCAGGAAAGGUGGACCAGAUGACAGAGGCUUCAGGGAUGACUUCUUAGGAGGCAGAGGAGGCAGUCGCCCUGGUGACCGGCGAACAGGCCCUCCAAUGGGGAGUCGUUUCCGAGAUGGCCCUCCCCUGCGUGGCUCCAAUAUGGACUUCAGAGAACCCACAGAAGAGGAAAGAGCACAGAGACCACGACUUCAGCUCAAACCUCGAACAGUCGCAACGCCCCUCAAUCAAGUAGCCAACCCCAACUCUGCUAUCUUCGGGGGAGCCCGGCCCAGAGAGGAAGUUGUUCACAAAGAGCAAGAAUGAGCCUGCGGUCGGGAGGGAUGGGUGUGGGGAGAGUUGGCGAAGACCGCGGCCUGGUCAGCCCUGGCCGGCAGCCCUGCAGUCAGCAUUCCUGCGCCCGACAUUUGUCCUCCUUUCUUACAGCGGAAACACAGAGCUUGUGAAUGCAUGUCAGCUGUUAACAAGUGGUUUUUAGUCCAUUCUUGGCUUUGCUGUAUCGAUCGAGUGCCUGUUUUGUGCUUUUUUCUUUUCUCUGCCCCCUCUUCCCCAUCUCUCCUGCUGUCCUUUUCCUUCUUGCUCC